GGCGGGGCGGCGGAGGGAUUGCGGCGGCCGCGGCGGGAUAACCUCGGGGCCCCGGCGGCCGCCCCCCGCACAGCAGCGCCGCGUCGCCAGCGUCCGCAGCGCCCGCACCGCCCGUACCGCAGCGCAGCGCAGCUCGAGCCGGACCGCGCCGGAGGACCUCAGCAGCCAUGUCAAAGCCCCAUAGUGAUGUCGGGACCGCCUUCAUUCAGACCCAGCAGCUGCACGCGGCCAUGGCUGACACGUUCUUAGAACACAUGUGCCGCCUGGACAUCGACUCCCCGCCCAUCACGGCCCGGAACACUGGCAUCAUCUGUACCAUUGGACCAGCUUCCCGAUCGGUGGAGACGUUGAAGGAGAUGAUUAAGUCUGGAAUGAAUGUGGCUCGUCUGAACUUCUCUCAUGGAACUCACGAGUACCACGCAGAGACCAUCAAGAACGUGCGUGCAGCCACAGAAAGCUUCGCUUCUGACCCCAUCCUCUACCGGCCAGUGGCUGUGGCCCUGGACACCAAAGGCCCUGAGAUCCGAACUGGCCUCAUCAAAGGCAGCGGGACUGCAGAGGUAGAGCUGAAGAAAGGAGCCACUCUCAAGAUCACCCUGGACAAUGCCUACAUGGAAAAAUGUGACGAGAACAUCCUGUGGCUGGACUACAAGAACAUCUGCAAGGUGGUGGAAGUGGGCAGCAAGAUCUACGUGGACGAUGGGCUUAUUUCUCUGCAGGUGAAGCAGAAAGGUGCUGACUUCCUGGUGACGGAGGUGGAGAACGGUGGCUCCUUGGGGAGCAAGAAGGGUGUGAACCUCCCCGGGGCUGCUGUGGACCUGCCUGCUGUGUCAGAGAAGGACAUCCAGGAUCUGAAAUUCGGGGUGGAGCAGGACGUAGAUAUGGUGUUUGCGUCUUUCAUCCGCAAGGCGGCUGAUGUCCAUGAGGUCAGGAAGGUUCUGGGAGAGAAAGGGAAGAACAUCAAGAUAAUCAGCAAAAUUGAGAAUCAUGAGGGAGUUCGGAGGUUUGAUGAGAUCCUGGAAGCCAGCGAUGGCAUCAUGGUGGCUCGAGGUGAUCUAGGCAUUGAGAUUCCUGCAGAGAAGGUCUUCCUUGCUCAGAAGAUGAUGAUUGGGCGGUGCAACCGAGCGGGCAAGCCUGUCAUCUGUGCGACACAGAUGCUGGAGAGCAUGAUCAAGAAGCCCCGUCCCACCCGGGCUGAGGGCAGUGAUGUGGCCAAUGCAGUGCUGGAUGGAGCUGACUGCAUCAUGCUGUCUGGAGAGACCGCCAAAGGGGAUUACCCCCUGGAGGCUGUUCGUAUGCAGCACCUGAUAGCUCGUGAGGCUGAGGCAGCCAUGUUCCACCGCAAGCUGUUUGAAGAACUUGUGCGAGGCUCAAGCCACUCCACAGACCUCAUGGAAGCCAUGGCCAUGGGCAGCGUGGAGGCUUCUUAUAAGUGUUUAGCAGCAGCUUUGAUAGUUCUGACGGAGUCUGGCAGGUCCGCUCACCAGGUGGCUAGAUACCGCCCCCGUGCCCCGAUCAUCGCUGUGACCCGGAACCACCAGACUGCUCGCCAGGCCCACCUGUACCGCGGCAUCUUCCCUGUGGUGUGUAAGGACCCAGUGCAGGAGGCCUGGGCUGAGGACGUGGACCUCCGGGUGAACUUGGCCAUGAAUGUUGGCAAGGCCCGAGGCUUCUUCAAGAAGGGAGAUGUGGUCAUUGUGCUGACCGGGUGGCGCCCUGGCUCCGGCUUCACCAAUACCAUGCGUGUGGUGCCUGUGCCGUGACGGGCCCCAGAGUCCCUCCUCCAGCCCCUGUCCCACCCCCUUCCCCAACCCAUCCAUUAGGCCAGCAAUGCUUGUAGUGCUCACUCGGGGGUUGUCAUGUGGCACUGGUGGGCUGGGAUGCCAGGGAAGAUGAAUGCCUCUGUAAAACAUGACUUUUUUAGGAGCCUGUUCAGUGCAGGUGGCCCAGAGCUGGGCUGCACAUCAGGUGACCUCACCCCAGCAACGGACGAGGGAAGGGUGCAGGACUGGAAGCCCCAGAGCUUUAACACGGAGGGCAGCAGCUCCUGCUUCUCCUCCUCUGUGUACUCCAUUCGGUUCCUAUAGAAAAUGGAUACGCAGAGAACUCCCAACCCUGGCCUGGCCGGGUCUAGAGACCACCGGCAAGAAUCGCAGCCCAGGGCAGUGGUUCCAGUUACACUGGCUCAGGCCCUUACUCGCUUCUCCACCCCCCUGUCUCCCCCCACUCCCACCUGCCCUUCUGUUCCUAGGCUCAGCUGUCGCUGCAGGCAAACACUCCACCCUCCAUUUCCCCCACUCCUGCAGCUGCCUCCAGGCCUGUUGCUAUAGAGCCUACCUGUGUGUCAAUAAACAACAGUUGAAGCACC